CGUUGGGUGACGGUGGGUGAGAUGAUGGGUAAGAUGGUGGGUAAGUUGAUGGGUGAAGUGGGCUCCUUUUACUUAAAUUGCUUGAAAUUCACUGCCAUUGAAUGGGUGGGUAACGUUCAAUCAUGCUUGGUGUGGCGGGUGACAAUAACUCAAUUUCACUCAAUUACUUAACUUAAUUAAACUUAACAUUGCCUGAGGUGUCGAUGUGGCUGUGGUGGCUGCAAUGCUGCAGUAUGCGCAGCCACGGCGCCUGAGGGUGGAUGCGGGGGCGGAUGACCUGAGGGGGGCGCCGUGGGGUGACCUCGUCGAGGUGGCAGGACUCAUGGGGACCUAUGGACGGCCGGAGGUCGUCCUUGACCUGCGAUCCUUCAACACGACUGAGGAUUACAAUCAUCACGACGACAUCCUCCUGCCGCUGCACGACAGCGGGGUGAGGCUGGGGGAGUUCGUGGGCUGCGUGGGCACCGGCGCUGGGGUGGCCGCCCUCAGCACCGUGGCUCGCGACGCUGACCUCCGCAUCCACCUGGCGGCGCCCCUGGACCUCAGCGCCUUCGAGUGCAAAUACAGAAACCUUUGGGUGUACACGCGUACCUUCCCGCCCCCCUUACCUGCCCCGCCAGCCUCCCCCACUUGGCCCCUGCCCUCGUGGCCCAAGCCGUUGCUGUCUGUAGCGGGGGCGGAUGAGGGGUCCUGGGGGCGGUGGCCCACACCAUCACUUCCCUCGCCCCUCUUGGCCUAAGGUUCGCACUGCUGAAGCUACAGGACUGCGGGCUGCGAACAGCUGACCUGCGGCUGCUGCUGCAGGAUCUACAGGCUGCGGGCGUCAGGUCGGCCUGGGAGGGCGACACGCGGGCCGAGGGU